AUGCCGUCAUCGACCGGUGCAACUACCUGGGGCACAAGGCCCUGCUCCAGUUCGCGCCUCCGGCGGUCCCUUAUCCUCCGGCUUAAAGGGGUCAACACGAGCCACCGCCAAGCGGCACCAGAGGAAAACGGUGUUGCUAACUCGAGGAGAAGCACCGGCCAACGCCGCAGAGAUGGGUCAGGAUGUCGAGUUCGGUUAGCCCACCGCCGGCUCCCGCCCUUCUCCUAUCACCCUCCUCCGCCUUCCUCCUCAGCGGCCCUCAAAAUAUGUUUCGCCCAGAGUAUCAAGUUGUAUCUUUAUUCUCCCACAAAGCUGCUCCCAGUUAUUGUGUUCCUGAAGAAGAAAUGCAUUGCGGAUUCAUGUGCAGGGAAACAAAAUGGAGGGUUGUGUACCAGCCAACCACAUAGAUCAAUUCAGAGAAAUUUGAAAGCAUGCUUGAUAUUCAGAGAAACGUUUAUGAUGUUUAUCGUAGCCGUCUCAUAGAAGAUGUUCAGAACAGCACACCGUCCGUUCAUACUCAAGUUUACUCAAUGCACAGAGAUUCAAGAAGUCACUCCUCGAUCUGAAAAUAUUCCUCUGUUUGGAAAAUAAUGCUGUUCUACCAGGAGCUGAAUUCUUACUUAAUGCACUAUUUGUUGUUACACAUUCUCUUCCUGCCUCCCGUUUUAUUUGCUACUUCUUUUUAUUGCUACUGAUCUGUUUUGGACAUGCUGAAUUUAAUUUUCUGUGGUAAGAUGUUGGAUUACUAAAAAUGCUGAUCAAAAGCAAGAACCAAGAUGGCAUGCCUUACCUGACACAAGGUAUAAUUUACAAAAUACACACAUAAAAAAUUCAACAUCAUUAUAGGAUUUCGUAAUUACUAGCCAUAAGCAGCAGUGAGUUGAUUCUUCUUAUAAAGCAUGGCUGCGCUUCCUCCUUUUAUAAUGUAUCUGUUUUGUCCCCUGUUGUACUCCUACUAGAUUAUAUAUUUUCCGCACUUUAUCUGCUGCUUGAACUUUUAUGUUGUCAUGUAUUUGAAGUUUUGAACUGCUGAUUCAUUUGUUGCUGAGAUGGUGUUUUUCUCCACCAUUUACCUGUUGUCUGAAAUUUCCGGCUAUCAUAUAGUUGAACCGCUGAUUCAUCUGUUGUCAUGUUAGGGUUUUUUUCUUCUCGGGAACUCCUUAAUUAUUAUGUGAUGUUUUCUUUUCCUUACAUUUAGUUCCCCCGAUCUGUCUGAUCUUCUAUAUUCACAACAAAAAUAAUCGAACUGCUAAUUCAUUUGCUAGCAAGAUAGGUUCUUUUUUAUGCUCUAUUUUAUUUUCCUUACAUUUUUUUGUACAGUCUGUCUAAUUCUUCUGUCUUGAGAACAAAAGGAAAUACUUACAAACAAGUUCUUAAUUCUAAUGCGUUCCGACUUGCUUAUUCUUCCUUAGUUUUUUUUUUUGCUUCCCGUGUUUCCAUCUACUUGGCAUGGAUGAUCGUAUUAUGGUCCACGAUAUCGACAAAUACUGAUGUUCCAGGAAUGAAGAAGCCGCAAACACACCAAUCUUAUUGGUGUACUUUAUUAAUUUGGUACUUAAUUGUCGUCUCUUCUAGGCUAUGGUCACUAAAUGUAUGUUCUGGACUGGGAAAUGCUUACUAACGACAAAAGGUAAGUUAUCAGGAUCCAUGUACAUCAUAAAUUUAGAGUAUUUAUGUUACAUCUAAGGUUCCUAAAUUUCACUUCUGGGCAUGGCAUUUGCAAACUACCAGUAACUCAUGAUGCAUGCUUUGGAUGCACCUUUUCUUCUUCUGUUCAUAUCAAUUUGAUGUCCUAAUGCUAGGCUAUGUGCAGAUAUGGAAUUGUACUUUCAAAACAAUGAACGAAGCAACUUGCAAUGUCACAGACCAAGCAAAGCACCUUCUGCUUAUUGAGGUCAAAUGUUAGCUAUGCACAUCUAAUUUAUUGAUGUGCACUAGACCCUAAUCUGAUUACCGAGUCAUGCAUUCAUGUUUGAAAAGUACAUCCAUGUGACCUUCUAAUUUCUAUAUGAUGCAUGAACAGGGUGGCGUCAGCUUGAGGCAGAUGUCUGGCACGAGCUUAUCGUUUUGUGUUGUCCAAGCUCUCCAGAAUGGCAGAUAUGAUUGAUGGCCGACUCACGAUCGUCGAAGACGCCAAUGGUGCUCGAGAUUUAUUGCUCAGCUCUCUGGUCCACUUGCAUGCAAGUACAUCACAGCACCAAUCAAAAGUCCCCCUUACUCUUUUUGGACACAUCAGUGGCCAGCAUUGCAUCUCAGUAAUUGAUAUCACCAUUGAUUUGCUGAAGCUGCAUGGUGAUACCGAUUUCAAGAUAUAACCAUUCUCACCUCUUCUCCUAUUCUCUCUCGAUCUUGUUUAUUUCGUUUAUGCUAUGGGUUAAUCGGCGUUUUAUUUUGCAGGGUGCUUGAUAUGGAUGUGCACGUUCAUCCAGUUCUAGAUGCUCCUGUGUUUUUGGAUUAGAUAUACCAUGGUGAGCAUUAACUGCCUAAUGUUCUAAUCCUUGCUACUUUACAGACGGUGUGGCCUAAGCAUCUGAUCUGCAUCACAUGUGCAAGGGUCUGUUCACAAAAUUCGCUGCAUUCCAGGGGCAAGGGCAGUUGCUCUCCAAUAUUGACUGCAUAUAUUUAGUGUUCUACCUUCCUACAACAAUCAACGAAGUACAUACAUGCUUUUGUAGAUUAGAUCAUUCGAUAUUGACUGCAGAUAUUUAACAGUGAACCAAGUACAGACAUGAUUUUCUGGAUUUGAUCCAGGUACUACUACAUUAUGUUAAGUUAUGUGUUGUCAUUUUGUCACUCUGUAUGGUUGCAAUCAAUGAAAUGGCACUCUUCGUCUUACACA